AUGUCAUCUACGACCGACUUCGUUUCUGAAUUGGAUUUAGUCAUUCGUUAUUUUAACAUUUCCGUCCAAUCGUUUGUUUUUAUUUUUGGCAUGAUUGGUAAUAUUCUCAACAUCAUUGUUUUCUUAAGUUUGAAAACAUUUCGUAAAAAUCCAUGUGCUUUUUGUAUGCUCAUAUUAUCAAUAUCCGAUAGUGGCAUCUUAAUAUUUAAUACAUUGCCAAGUAUUUUUGUGAAUAUCUUCAAAGAUUACGGCGAUGUCAAUACAAUGUUUCCAUGCCAAAUACCAAUAGCUUUUGGACAAGUUUUCGGUUUAAUGUCACACAUGAUUAUGUGUUUUGCUGCUAUUGAUCAAUGUAAGUCAACAUCCAUACAUGAACAACGUCAAGGUAUCAAUCUCAAAUAUAUGCGAUGCUUUAUUAUCAUUUCUAUAUUUGUUUCCAUUUUACACGGCAUUCCAUUUCUUGUUUUUUAUAAUGCACAACCAUUAUCCGGAUUAAAUGCAACAGCAUGUCUUCCUAAUGAUAGAAAUGGACCAUUCUCUAAAUAUACAAUAUAUGUUGAUUUUCCUAUCAUUGAUGGUUUUAUGCCUAUCUUCAUCAUGAGUGUAUUUGGUCUAAUUGCUUUUCGUAAUGUUCGUAUUAUGGCUAAGAGAAGAGUGCAUAUUAUACGGCUACGUUUAGAACAACAAUUAACGGCAAUGGUUUUAAUCAGAAUUCUUGGUGUUUGUAUUACUGUAAUUCCAUUUCUUAUUGUUUAUGUUAUUCGAUACAUAAUAUCAUCGCAUAGCAACGAUCCUAUUGUUCAAAAAAAACUCCAACUGCUUAAUCGUGUCUUUACAAUUCUGUUCUUUGUAAAUUAUGCAGUGAGUGAAAAUGGUGUACCAUCUUUUGUUCACUAUUUAUUUAAUUAA